GAACUGCGGCGACAGCAAGGAGAUGGAGGUGGCUGCUACUCACUUUGGCUUCUGCCCGAAUCUUCUGGAGCACACUGUGUCAGCCGAGAACCUCAGUUACCGCCUGCAGAGGAAUUCAGGCGGCAAUCUCACCUGGCAUGAUGGGCGAAGCCAGAGGACGGCCGGGGGGAGACCCGUCAAACUCCUUCAGCAGCCAGGGACCGAGAGCUCCCAGGGCCGGUCCUAUGAUCACUAUGGAAUCUACCACACCAGUCCUACCUUAGGUAGCCUUACCAAGCCAGUGGUGCUGUGGACCCAGCAGGAUGUGUGCAAAUGGCUGAAGAAGCAUUGCCCGCACAAUUAUCUCAUCUACGUGGAGGCUUUCUCACAUCAUGCCAUCACAGGUCGGGCGCUCUUGCGGCUGAAUGCAGAGAAGCUGCAGCGCAUGGGGAUUACCCAGGAGUCUCAGCGACAGGAAGUGCUCCAACAGGUGCUGCAGCUUCAGGUGCGGGAGGAAGUCCGCAACUUACAGCUUCUCAGUCAAGAGACCAGCUCCUCUCUGGCUGAGAAAUCGCGGCCCGCCAAGGCUCCAGCCCCAGGACUGAGGAAAUUCAACUUGGGGACGUCCGACGGCCGUGUGAAAUUUUCCCCUUGACCAAACGCUGGCCCGCGAGAAGAAUCUUCCCGUGGUGUCUUGCUGGAAGGACACCGAACCUUGGCCGAGCAACCAAGUUUGCGGAUGCCCCAGGACUCUCAUUGUAUCUGAGAUCUCUGAGCUGGGCAGAGAAUUGCUUUCACGGACCGGUCAAGGAGCGGAUCCCAACGGCACGAGGAGCCCUGGGUUCCAAUAUGGCCUUUAUUAUGGACUAGGGCGAUAAGGUGAGCCAGCAUCGGGCGUCCUCUGCAAUUAGGGGAUAAACCUGACCUGCGCUCUGAACUUCUUGUAAAAAUGGCCAGAUAGGAAACUUUGGGAAGAGGCGUUUGGACCAUGACUCUCACGCUCGCUUAUUAUCGAUGACAAGAGUGAUGAGACUUGACUGCUCAGUGUUGCUACUCUAAGAAAUAAAUGCAUUUGGGGGGUGGCCGGGUGGGGAGGGUGAAAAUUCAACCAUUGAACUACGGCGACGCACUCUACGCGGGGCUACCCUUGAAGAGUAUCCGGAAGCUGCAACUAGAGCAGUUCUGGGCCGCUGUAGAGCUGCGUCUGUCACGCCUCUGCUGCGUGAGCUGCGUUGGGUGCCGGUUUGCUUCCAGGUCCAAUUCAAGGGGUUGGUUAUGGCCUUUAACAUCCUGCAUGGCAUGGGACCGGGUUACCCGAGGAACCGACUUGUCCCGGUCACAUCUGCCCGUCCCAGCCGGUCCGGCAAGAAGGGCAUGUUAUGGACCCCUUCAGCUGAAGAACUCUUGUGUUUCAGACUUGGGAAGAGCAUGGGAAGGACUGGGGUUCAGGGCUAGGAUGUUUAACAUUUGAAACGCUACAACAGUGUUUCUCAACCUUGGCCACUUGAAGAUGCAUGGCUGGCUGGGGAAUUCUGGGAGUUGAAGUCCACACAUCUUCAAGUGGCCAAGGUUGAGGAACGCUACACUACAGGGUCAACCCCUGAUGUUUUUAAAUAGAAGGAUUAAAUUGCAGAUAAUGGGGAAAGAUCUCUGCCCUAGAUCAUGGAGGGCUGCAGACAAGGAAGAAGGAAAGGUUGCAUUCACAAAACCAAAACAUCAUGAUCCAGAUCAGUCACAAUGCUGGAAACUGAAUCUCCACGGCGUGCUAAGAUUCGGGGUAACCUGGGUUGGGUUCUUGGAUGGAUGUAGUGCGAAUCCAGCCCAUUUGUGGUGGUGAUGGUUUAUUGUAUUACGAGAACCAUAAUAUAUUGGGGGAUCCAGAUAGGAAUGUUUGUGGGAGUGAACAAAUGGAGUAUUCUCUUUUUCGGUAGUUCAGGGGAAUUUUUCUUCUUCCUUCCCCUUUCCAGCCCUACUUGAC